CACUGGACAGAGAGGAGCCAGAGUGAGAAAAUGCAUUUUAAUAAAACCCCAUUGAUUUUUUUGUGGGUGCAAGUCAAGGAAAAGGCACCUAAAGAGUCUUCUAUCGGCUGCCUCCUCCCCCUCUCUUCUGACCUAGUAGGGCACUCACACAUCGAUUGGUUCCCAGCUAAUAGAUUGUGCCACCCGGUAGGGACCUCUGGGGACUAGUGGGGAGCUGGAAGAGUCGCUCACAGCAGCCUAAUCCAGAGUUAAUCAAACUAGCAACAGGAUCUCUGGCGCGGUGGUGGUGGUGGUGGCGGCGGCGGCAGCAGCAGUAGCAGCAGCAGCAGCAGCAGCAGCAGCAGCAGCAGCGACAGCGACGGCGGCAGCGGCAAGAGGCAAGAAGAGUAGCAGUGGCGGCAGCAUUAUGCGUGAUUACUGACAAGCACCAGCUGCUGCGGCCGCCACGGCCUCUCAACACUAUGUGGACUCUCGGAUCUAGAGACAGAUUCCUGACUAAUCCCAGAGGGCUGGCCCAGCCUGCGCUCCCCCGGCUGCUAGCAAGCGAUGGCCACUCUUGUUAGCCCAAGUUGAAGGAAGCCGGGCUGCGCCUGGGAGCCGGGAGAGGCUGUACUCUUUUAGAAGCGCGGCAGAGGAAUGAACUGAACAGCAAACAUGUAUGGAAAUUAUUCCCACUUCAUGAAGUUUCCCACCGGCUUUGGUGGCUCCUCUGCCCACACUGGCUCCACAUCCAUGAGCCCAUCAGCAGUCUUGCCCACAGGGAAGCCAAUGGACAGCCACCCCAGCUACACGGACACCCCAGUGAGUGCCCCACGGACACUCGGUGCUGUGGGAACCCCCCUCAAUGCUCUCGGUUCUCCCUACCGAGUCAUCACUUCUGCCAUGGGUCCACCCUCAGGAGCACUGGCAGCCCCUCCAGGCAUCAACUUGGUGGCCCCACCCAGCUCUCAACUAAAUGUGGUCAACAGUGUCAGCAGCUCUGAGGACAUCAAGCCCUUACCAGGUCUGCCUGGGAUUGGAAACAUGAACUACCCAUCUACCAGCCCCGGGUCUCUGGUGAAACACAUCUGUGCCAUCUGUGGGGACAGAUCCUCAGGAAAGCACUACGGCGUGUACAGCUGUGAAGGCUGCAAAGGCUUCUUCAAAAGAACCAUAAGGAAAGACCUCAUCUACACCUGUCGGGAUAACAAAGAUUGCCUCAUCGACAAACGCCAACGCAACCGCUGCCAGUACUGUCGUUACCAGAAGUGCCUGGUCAUGGGCAUGAAGAGGGAAGCUGUGCAAGAAGAAAGGCAGAGGAGCCGAGAGCGAGCUGAGAGUGAGGCAGAAUGUGCCAGUAGUGGCCACGAAGACAUGCCUGUGGAGAGGAUUCUAGAAGCUGAACUUGCUGUGGAACCAAAGACAGAAUCCUACGGUGACAUGAACAUGGAAAACUCGACAAAUGACCCUGUUACCAACAUAUGCCAUGCUGCCGACAAGCAGCUUUUUACCCUUGUUGAGUGGGCCAAACGCAUCCCCCACUUCUCAGACCUCACCUUGGAGGACCAGGUCAUUCUGCUCCGGGCAGGGUGGAAUGAAUUGCUGAUUGCCUCCUUCUCCCACCGCUCGGUAUCUGUCCAAGAUGGCAUCCUGCUGGCUACAGGCCUCCACGUCCACAGGAGCAGCGCUCACAGUGCGGGUGUUGGCUCCAUUUUUGACAGAGUCCUCACGGAGCUGGUUUCCAAGAUGAAGGACAUGCAGAUGGAUAAGUCAGAGCUCGGGUGCCUGCGGGCCAUCGUGCUCUUCAACCCAGAUGCCAAGGGUUUGUCCAACCCCUCUGAGGUGGAGACUCUUCGAGAGAAGGUUUAUGCUACACUUGAGGCCUAUACCAAGCAGAAGUAUCCAGAACAACCAGGCAGGUUUGCUAAGCUGCUGCUGCGCCUCCCAGCUCUGCGCUCCAUCGGCUUGAAGUGCCUGGAGCAUCUCUUCUUCUUCAAGCUCAUCGGGGACACGCCCAUUGACACCUUCCUCAUGGAGAUGUUGGAGACCCCACUGCAGAUCACAUGAACAUCCUCAGCUGCAGCUUCCCCACCUGGGUGACUGACCCCUAGGCUGAUGUGUGUGGAGCCCUACCCUGCACACUGUCCCCCGCCUCCCACUCUGACCUCCCUUCCUGUCCCCAAAAUGUGAUGCUUGUAAUAAAGACAAACUUUCUACACAUGCAAGUUUUCUAGGUGGAGUUUUGUAUGGAUGUUAAAGGUGACCUUUCUUCGCUAUUUAAGGGGCUGAGGUUUUUCUGGAAGUUCUUGGGAAGAGCAACCAAGCCUCUGUACAUAUGAUUGGUUUAAAUUAUUUUUUCACUUGCCAUGGAAAGCAAACAAAUGGAACAGAAAUUAAUAAAUAUGAUAUUGGCACUGC